CCGCACUAAAUCCAUGUGGUUAAUAACCGCAACACAGAAAAAACAAAACCGCACCGCAAAAAUAACCACACCAAUUGGUUUUGAAAAUGGAUUAACCGCAUUUGCGGUUAGUGGUAAUGUUUUGGCUAAUAAUUGCAUCGAACCGCACCGCGCUCACCCCUAGCGAGGAAUACCAAAAGGCUGUUGAAAAGGCCAAGAGGAAGCUCAGAGGGUUUAUUGCAGACAAGAAAAUUGCUCCUUUGAUGCUCCGUCUUGCAUAAGAUCUUACUUUCCUUUUAUGGCACUCUGCUAGUACAUAUGAUGUGAAGACAAAAACCAAAGGUCCUUUCGGCACCAUGCAAUACAAUCUUGAGCUAGGCCAUGCUGCCAACAAUGGCCUUGGCAUCGCUUUCAGCCUACUUGAGCCUAUUAAGGAACAGUUCCCCAUCAUCUCAUAUGGUGAUUUCUAUCAGUUGGCUGGUGAUGUUGUUGAAGUUAUCGGAGGCCCUGAUGUUCCCUUCCAUCCAGGAAGAAAGGACAAAAAAGAGAUCCCAAAUGAAGGGCGUCUUCCUGAUGCAACCAAAGGUAACGACCAUUUAAGGGAAGUAUUUGUUGAAACCAUGGGUCUUGAAGGCAUAGACAUUGUAACUCUAUCUGGUGGUCAUACUUUGGGAGGUGCACAUAAGGAAAUAUCUGGAUUUGAAGGACCAUGGACUUCAACUCCUCUUAUCUUUGACAACAGCUACUUUAUAGAGCUUCUUGCUGGUGAGAAAAAAGGGUUUCUCAAGCUACCUACUGACAAGGCUCUUCUUGAAGACCCAAUAUUUCGAUCCCUUGUUGAGAAAUAUGCUGUUGAUGAGGAUGCAUUCUUUGUUGAUUAUGCAGUCUCCCACAUGAAACUCUCCGAGUUGGGGUAA